CAACAAACUUUGCACAAAGGAACUGGCCGGGCCGGGUGGAGGCUGCGGCGCUGAGACACGGAAGCGACCCGCUUCCAGGAGGAGCCGCGAAGGCAGCCGGAAAGUUUGCCCGAAGGUGCCUCCGGCUGUUGGGAGGGCAGGUGGGGAGGCUGGGGGCGGUGCGCGCCGGCGGGCAGGUGGCUCCGGAGCCGCAGAAGCGCUCGUCCCGCUCUGGAAGGUCUUCUUCACCUGGAAAAGUUUUGCCCGGCUCGUUCCUUCCCUUCCCUUCCUCGGCUUCUUCCCUUCACCCUCCCUCCAGAGUCCGCCUUUAUGGGCGAAAGGCGAGCAGGAAGGGCGACCUCGACGGAGAGAGAAGCAGGGGUAAUCUGACAAGGAAAAAAGACAGAAGAAUUGUAUCAUGUCGUCCAGUGAUGAACAGUAGAAGCUCUCUAUCUGUAGAAUCAGGAAGCCCUGCAGCCUGGGGAGAUCCGGCAGGUUUCACUUCUCAUUUACUGGGGAACAGCGUGUACGAUGCAUGGGGCUCUGUCAGAAACUGGCCAUGACUUAAGCAAAACUUGAAAACACACAGAAACUUCGGAGUGAUGGUCUUGAACUGCAGAGGAGACACGAUGGCAGAAAUACAAAAGGAGGAAAACUCGGAAGAGCGACAGCAGGAGAUGGCCCGGGACUUUGCAUCGUGCAUGCAGGAAGAUGUCUCUCCGUCUUCGCUGCAGGCCACUGCUGUUGGGAGCCAGUCCCCCAGUCCCAGCAUCCGGGCUGGAAGUUUGGCUCUCCGCCGGGGACAGUUUUCCGGUUUCAAUCGGAGCCUGACCAGGUCGAGUCGGCGUUCAGGGAACUGGACGGGCGGAAUGGACACCAUCAGGCUCUCCGCGGGCUGGAGCAGUACGAGGAGGAAAGGUCUCAAAGAGAUCCUGCUGCAAACCAGCCAAGCCAAACCCACCUGGCUGACGGCUUCCCAAAGAGAAAACGUCCCUGUUGAUAACCAGCAAGAUCAGGAUGUUCUCCUGGAUGCCAACUCUGAGGACCUGUCUUUUGUUCUGGACCCCCUGGAGCAUGAAUGGAUGCUGACAGUCGCCCAAGGAGAUGCUGAGAACAUCCUUCGGUUGCUGGCCAAGGACUCCAGCCUGCUUUCCAGGAAGGACUUUGUGACGGGCUUCACCGUUCUCCACUGGUUGGCCAAACAUGGCCGCCAUGAAGAUCUGAUUGAGGUGAUUGCCUUUGCCGAGAAGAACCGCUACCCGGUCGACGUCGACGUCCUCACAGCCAGUGGGAGAUUCACCCCUUUGCAUCUGGCUGCCCUCCAGGGUCACGAGAUGGUCGUCAAGGUCCUGGUGGGAGCCUAUGGGGCCAACACGGGCCUUCGAGACCACAACGGCCGUAAAGCAUGGCAAUACCUCAGAGCAGAUGCUCCCAGGGAGUUAAAGGAGCUCUUGGGGGCUUGUGAGGAAGACCUGGCCUGCGUUGGUGAGGGCAACGCAAACAACAACUGUGCCCCAUCCCGGCGGGGUACUCUCCACAUGUUCAAGGGGGGUGCCGGUGAAGCCAGUGGCAGAAGGCAGAACCAGGGGGCCGUGCCCAGACUCUCUUUUUUCCGGAACGUGUUCAGGCAAGCCAUUGCGUUUUUCCAGGACUUGUAGGUAUCUGCUCAGUAGCAGAAGGGUUUUUUUUUUGACCUUUUGGGAGGGAGUGGAUUGUCACAGCAGGGAAUUGUGGGGCACACGAGAGGGUGGGGGUAAAGUGGAAAGCAGCACCUGGCGUGGCUGUGGUGACACAGGGCUUGUCUCCCGACGCCAGGCUUCCUCAGAUCUGCCCACACAUGCCUUUUUUUGCCUUAAGGAUGAGGACUCUGAGACCUUCAGUCUUAAGGGGGAAAGGACAGAGGAAAUACAAAAUGGACCUAGUUCAGAGGUUGGAAAGGUUGCUUUCUGGACUACAGACACCCCCCCACACCCCGUUCAGCUUUUCCCCAAGCGCUGAGUUUAAACGCUAACUCCUGAAACAAUGUUCUGGCUGAGGAAUAUUUUUUCCUGCUCCCUUGCUUCUCCUGAAGGAAGCCUGCAGGUAAGGCUCUGUAAAGGCUGCAUGGAAAGAAAUCUAGUUUCUAGGACAAGAGAUAGGAAAGGGUCGGGGGCUUUUUUGGACUACAAUUCCCAGGAUUCCAUAGCUAUUGUGUGGAUUUGGGGAUCUGUACUGGGGGGAAAAAAGCAUUUUCCCUAUUUGGACAAGAACAAAUAAUUCUUUAACCUGUCUAAAUUUAUACGUGCAGGGAAAUGCCUUGCCUUCUUUUGCAAACAUGUGAUCUGGCAAGCUAGAGGAAACAUCAGUGACCCACUUCAAGCGCUGAAAUCCUUCUCAGAAAUCUUGUUCAGGGAUCAGUCCAGCUUUUGAGAGCGUUGAAGGCUUUGCCCGGAUCCUUUCAAAGACGUGUUUGGAACCGUACUGCUUUUAACAUUAAAACUGCACUUCUCAGGGAAUAAAUAUGCUGUGCCAAACACUACUUUUUCCGAAGUGGGGCGGGAACAGUAGUUUGAAGGCUGAGUUGACCUCAGCAUUGUGUAAUCAACUUUCUUUUUAUUCAAAUGCCCAUGGUCCUCAUGUGCCCACCCCAAUUAAGGAAGAGUGUAGCUGUGGGAUGCUCACACGUCGUCGUUUUGUCUUUAGUGCUGCAGGCAUGCCAAUUUUAUGUAUGAAUGUGUG